AUGUGGGCCGUCGCUCUACUUCUUUGUCUGGGAAAUGUUCUCAUUAGCGGCGAGGCCAGUGAUCAAGAUUCUCUGCCAGCCGCGGGUGCGCAAUUUUCCCAGAUGGACAAAAACAACUUCAACUGUUCUGCGAGUCCCCCUCCUAUGUGCAACUACUCGACUGGGAUCCGGGAUACAUUCAAGUACCUUAAUACGGCCAUUUCCGUUGCAGUUUUUGUGCUGGGAAUUGUGGGAAAUUCUCUACUCUUGAGGUUCAUUCACAAAAACAAACGCAUGAGAAACUGCACCGACAUCCUGAUUGCAAGUCUGGCAUCGGGAGACCUCCUCCACAUUGUGAUGGGCAUCCCAGUCAACACCUACAGGCUCAUGGCAAAAGAUUGGCCGUUUGGCUCGCUGCUGUGUAAGCUGGUGCCCUUCAUCCAGAAAACCUCUGUUGGAGUUAUCGUGUUGAGUUUGUGCGCUCUGAGUGUUGACAGGUACCUCUCCGUCGUAUCUCGGCAACGCCUCAAAGUCACCCGAGCAUCCGUUUGGACCACUCUCAUAUGGCUCCUCUCCAUUAUGCUGGCUGUACCUGAACUGGUUGGCUUCGGCGUGAUAAAUGUGGACUACAAAGAGCGACAUCUGAGAAUUUGUCUGUUCCAUCCUGUGCAGACCACACCAUUUAUGCAGUCGUAUAAAGCCGUAAAGGACUGGUGGCUCUUCAGCUUCUACUUCUGUAUGCCACUAACUUGUACUGCCGCCUUCCAUGCGCUAAGUACUUGGAGGAUGCAAAAAAAUAAAGACAAUUCGUUAAUAAACAACGACACAGAAAAGAAGCUGGGACCUUCAAGGACUGUUUUCUACUUGGUGCUGGUGUUUGCCAUCUGCUGGUUGCCGCUCUACUUCAGCAGGAUCUUGAUGGCCACUGCAUACAAUGAGAAAGAUCCUAACAGAUGCCAGCUACUGAGUGUCCUUCUUGUGCUGGAUUACAUUGGCAUCAAUCUGGCGGCUUUAAACUCUUGCCUCAACCCUGUGACCUUUUACGUAGUCAGCAAAAGAUUCCAAACCAGUUUCAAGGUCCUGCCUGCUUUCUCCUCUUUCCUCAAUCCAAUCGAGGAGUUCUUCUCAGCAUGGAUUGUGUUUGAUCACCAGCCUAACCAGGAGAUGUCCCUGCUGGAUUGGAUGAAUGCAGCAGGGGAACGACGAGCUCGAACUUGCUCGCCGCUGGGCUUGUUGCUGAUCGGCAAAGACAAUUGA